GAUCCCCCUGUGGAGAUGGAGCCCCAGGGGCUGCCCAGAGCAGAGGGGGAUUAUGAGAUGUUGGGUCUGCUGGUGCCCAGUCCCCAGAGUGAGGCGGUCACCCAUGAGCUGGAGGAGCUGACCCUACAGCCCAGCAACAACCUGCCCCCCCUCAACGAACGCAAGAACGUCCUUCAGCUGAGGCUACAGCAAAGACGCACCCGUGAGCAGCUGGUAGACCAGGGCAUCAUGCCUCCUCUAAAGAGCCCAGCGGCAUUUCAUGAGCAGAUACGCAGCCUGGAGAGAGCCAGGACUGAAAACUUCCUGAAACACAAGAUCCGCAGCCGACCCGAGAGAUCUGAACUGGUCAGAAUGCACAUCCUUAAGGAGACUGGGGCAGAGCCCUCCCUGCAGGCCACCCAGAUGAAGCUGAAGAGGGCCAGGCUGGCUGACGACCUGAAUGAGAAGCUGGCCCAGCGCCCCGGCCCCAUGGAACUGGUAGAAAAGAACAUUCUGCCUGUAGAACCCAGCGUCAAGGAGGCCAUCAUUGUAAACUACCCCAAAGCGCUGGACACGUACGGGUUUGAUGAGGACAGCGGGGACGCCCUGUCUCCAGAGCAGCCGGCCAGCCAUGAGUCCAAGGCCUCCACACCCUCCCCUGGGGAACCUCGGGCCCUAGAGGACCCCUGCCCACCACCGCUGCCCACAAUCACCAACAACCACACAAUCCUACAGCCCUUUCCUGUUGUCACCCAGGCAACGGCAGACUUCCUCAAAGCUCUCUCCACCCAAGAGCUGCCAGUCAGUCGCCCAGCACCCGCGUCUCAGCCUAUCAUCACUGUCGUUCCUUCAAAGCCAGGGCCCACCCUAGUGAAACAGAGCCAGCCCAAACAGCCGGGAGAGAGGAAUCGCAGUAAGAAGGGCAAGGACCCAAAGCCCCGGGUCAAGAAGUUAAAGUACCACCAGUAUGUCCCCCCAGACCAGAAACAGGAGGCCAGCGAUGCCCCCAUGGACUCAUCCUACGCCAAGAUCCUCCACCAGCAGCAACUCUUCCUCCAGCUGCAGAUCCUCAACCAACAGCAGCAGCAGCACUACAACUACCACACCAUCCUCCCAGCACCCUUAAAACCUGUAGCUGAGGGUCAGAACAGCGGUGUGAGCGGCCUGCCAACCUCUAUAGUGCUGUCCCUGCCUCCUGCCCCCCAUGUCACUGUCCCUCCUCUCACCCCUGUCCGUCCCAACAGCCUAUCCAACCGCAAGCCUGGCCACCUGCCUCCUAACCUGGAGGACAUGAAGGUGGCCGAGUUGAAACUGGAGCUGAAAUUGCGAAGCCUCCCUGUCUCAGGGACCAAGACUGAUCUCAUCGAGAGGCUGAAGCCCUACCAGGAGAGUCCCAGCACCCCGGCCCCUACCACAGUCCCAAACCCCGGCCCUAAAACCCUCCCCUCAGUUCCCAUAGAGGUUGGCUCAUCCCCUGCACUUCUACCUGCCCACCAGGUGGCACCAGAGAGCAUGAGCGCCACAGCCCCAGUGUCCCCAAUCCCCACAGACCUCGCCACCUUCAGAGACGACGGAGGGAUGCCCAGGGUAUCCAAGCUCCUUUGCGACCCCCAGAGGGUGAGCCACUGUCGGACAGGCGCGGGGAUGUCCCACCUUGGCCUGGGUGUUGUCCCGGAGGAGAAGGACCGGCGGCUCCAUGAGAAGGAACGUCAGAUCGAGGAGCUGAUGAGGAAGCUGGAGCAGGAGCAGAUGCUGGUGGAGGAGCUCAAGAUGCAGCUGGGGGUGGAGAAGAAGACCCAGCCCCUCCAGGGACCCUCAGACCCCGUCCCCAUGAUCCAGACCUUCAACUCAGUCAAAAUGGAAGGCAGGGUCCUUCCUAACUGCUCAGCCAUGAUUAACUCAACCCUGGCCCCCCAGGCUCUCCCCACUGUGGUGAAAGUAGAGGAUGUCAUUUGUAACACCAGACCCCAUUCCCAGCCCAAUCCGGCCCCCAGUCUGCCCCAGUUUUUCAUCAGCCACCAGGGGAGAGUGUCCCAGGUUCUAGGCCAGCCUGUUUCCCAGACCCUACUCACGGCCCAGGAUGGCUCUACUCAGAUCCUCCUUCCUGUCCUCCAGGCUACGUUGUCAAAUCAGGCCCCAGGUCUGAUGCAAGCCUCCAUCUCCCAGCUGCAUACCACCAAGAUGGAGACAGCCUCCACUCAGCAGAUAACUAAUCACAACCACAUUUUGCAGACUGUUACAGUUUGUAACGGCUCUGGGAUGGUGGAGAACCAGACUAUGCCCGACAUGCCUCCCCAGUGUUUCCUGAGCAGCUCCCCAGAUAACAGGCUCUCUCCCCGUGGGGCUUCACCCAGCCACAACCUUUCCAAUGGGCCUGUUAACAAGUCCCCCUCUCCAUCCCAGCCCACCUUCAUCCUCCACCCCUCCUCCCUCGUUACCCAGCCCCCCAAGACCAGGGAGCCCCCUCGCUACGAGGAUGCAGUUAAACAGACCCGCAACCUGCAGCAGGCCAACAACCUCACACAGGUUUCCACGGCAACCAGCCAGCAGAUGGACGACCUGUUUGACAUCCUGAUUCAGAGUGGAGAGAUCACUCCAUUCAUCCAGCAGGACCUGCCUUCUCUAAGCACUAAGACUGUCCCUGUCACAGCCAACAUCACUACCCUCCCUGUCAACACCGCCCUGUUCAGAACCCCUCCACAGAUCCAGGUUGCUCCCCCUCCCACCCCUCCCUUCAACCCCCUGCCCCUCCCCAGCCUAUCCUCCGACAACCAGCUGGAGGCCUUCCUGGAGGGGACUCUGAACAACCUGUCCCCAACCACGGAUCCCCGCACCCUGGGUCUGAUCGAGGAGUUGCAGUCCCAGCUCCUGGAUCAACCCUACUCCCCAAUGGACACCUCAGAGCUGUCCUUCUGCGACUCCACGUCUCCCCCUUCCUCCCUCAACAUGGGCUUGUCCGACACAGUCCUGGACAACAUGGAGUGGCUGGAUCUAACCAUGCCGUCCGACCCCGCGGGGGGGCUCACACCCCUGGGGAUUCCUUCAGACUUCCUGGAUACACACGACCUGCAGCUGCACUGGGACUGAGGGAGAAGGGGAUGAUGGAUGGAGUGAGGAAGGAAGGAAGAGGAGGAGUGGUGUAGGGAUAGAUGGACUCAAUGUAACAAAUGCAGACUUGGUAAGUGAGGUUAGUCCUCCUUGUGUAUUUAAAACAUUUAAAAAAAUAAUAAUGUUUUGCCAUAUAAUAAGAUUAGCCAGCUGGUGAUCGGGGCAGUGGAUAUUUAAUAGGAGUACUGGGACCAGAGCCAAAUGAACAAGGAGGCGGACGGUAUGUAAAUAUCCUGUAAAUGUUAGCUGUUCCCUCAGCCCUGCUGGAGUUUUUAUUGAAUUGGGCAAAGCUUUCACUAUACGACACCUGGCAGUCAGCCUUACGCUGUUCAGCUUUCCUUGCGGUGAACACGUGCAUGUGUUAACUUUGCAUGCGUUUCACAUUGGUCAUGCUACAGGGUCUGGAUCUACAGCCAUUGCUCUGUGGAAGCAUGCUGCUGUGCCAUACAGUCAGUCUGAGAAUGUGGUUUGUUUAUUACAGAUCUGCUGUGCACAAGCCACGACAAACAGCGUAACUGACCCAAGUAAAACUGACAAGAGUACAAGGCUGUUUUACACUGGUCUUUUUUUUUUGCGACAUACCUAUAUUUGGUAUUGCGACAUACCUAUAUUUGGUAUUGCGACAUACCUAUAUUUGGUAUUGCGACAUAGCUACAUAUUGUUUUGGAUGAGACUGUUUUUUCCUGAACAAAACAGACACUAUGGUCAGUUGGACUAUUUAAGCAACUGAACUGACACUGAGAACAAAGACUCACUCCUAUUGGAUGAGGAGGAGUGGACUCCUCCCACUCUGAGCUAUGCACUAAGGAGGCGGGCCUUACACCUGCACCUCACACAAGGAAAUCUGAAUCACAGAUAAAGAUUUUAAUGAACCGUUUAUUGAAAAAAAUGUCGAUCCACGUGUUGGUUAUCUUUUGUGUACUUUCAAUUCAAGGAUUCCAAGUUGAUCCAUCUGAAAGAAAGUGGAGACUACAUUGUUGGCAGCUUUAUCUUCUGAAAGACAACUGACGUAUCAGUGGCAAGGGAACAAUUAUGCUAUCACACAGGUACACUACAUAGAGGUUAAUGUGUAUAUACUUACUGUAUGCUAGCCUGGUCCCAAGGCUGUUUGUGCUCUUGCCAACUCCAUUGCUUAUUGCCAAGCAUGUUUGACAUGACAAUGAGUGACAAGAAGUUGGCAUGAUAGUCUGAGUGCCAGUUGUUUUGUCAGACCUGUUGUUAAACUGCUACAAGUGUUUGUGACCUGUUUUAAUGUGGCUGCAUGACCUCUGGCAGAAAGAGGUGCUAUACUGUAAUCUUCUCUGUCUGUCCUGAAAUCUGUCUGUCAAAUCUCUGCAUUUGUCUCAGUCUCUCACUGUGUGUCUGUGGUUCUGUCUGAGAAAUCAUGCAUGAUGUCUGUGUCUGCGUGUGUGUCUGCAUGUGUGUCUGUGUGUGCCCUUUCUGUGUGUCUGUGUGUGCCCUUUCUGUGUGUCUGUGUGUGCCCUUUCUGUGUGUCUCUGUGUGCCCUUUCUGUGUGUCUCUGUGUUGUUGAACGUUUUAAACAAUGUCUGAUAUCGGGCUAUAUUUGUCUCUGUCACUGAGUUGGCUGCAACUCACUUGAGUCGUCUUUAUUUUUAUGAAGUUGGACGUUCAUAAGACAAAUUAACAACUUUUAUAGGCUGAGUUUUAAAAAGGUUUGUCUCACAGAACAGCUUUGUAUGACUGUUUCCUCUGUCCUGUUUGGUUUGUGUUAUGUGGUAAAACGCACAGUAAACACCCACAGUGGUGUGACCAACAGAGUUAAACUAAAAGGGAUAACAUUAAGCUUCUGGUAUUAGCUACCAUUUUGUGGCUGAAUUUGAUGAUUGUGUUUAUGCGUAUAAUACUUUUUUUUUUAAAAUUUGCGUUGUGUAGUUCUACCUGGCAUAUCAUGUCAAACGACUUUAGUAGUAUUCAGCAUCUCAAUCCAAAUAUUAUUCUGAACAAUAUUGUAUAGAACUAAUACGGUUGUACUGUAUAGCACUUUGGAAUAUCAUGGCUUUAUUUUGAUGUUUGAACAAUCAUUCUUAUCCAACAAGUCAAACACUAAGGAUAACAUAUAGGCAGGUAAUAAUGCCAAAUACUGUACACACUGUCUGUUACCAUUAGGAACCAGAUGCUUGUAACUGUGGUUUAGGGCUAUCAAGGAAUUAUUUGUUUUUCAAUUGUUGCCUAAUAAGGCAGUGAAACAUUGGUGAAAAUCUAUUGUUGCCACUUUUUUAAAAUUGUAUUUAUCACAUUUUUCUGUUCUAAAAUCAAUAGCUUUUUCUGUAUAUAUGCAAGAGGAAGAUUACUGUAAAUGUUUUUUUUUACCACCCAUACCAGAAAUAUAUGGCCAAAUGCAUCUAUAUACAUGGGUAUGCUGUAAAAUAUGACAGUUGGAUUCUAAAUCAUUUAGAUUCUGAAUCAUGUCAAACCUGUGUACUACUACUGUUAAUAGGAUGUUAGUGAAGCAAUAAGGCUAUAGCCUUACACUUACAGCACUGGUUCAUUUGUGUUGUCGCUAUCUCAUAACAAGAUGUCAUCGUGUUGAUCAUUGCAAGCGGAUAUUGAUUGAUUUCGGCCUUACCUAAUUCUGUGUCUUCUGUGUGGUACUGUCUCCCGUUCAACCCUGGUUCUUUGUCUGAAAUGUAACUACACUGAACAAAAGUGUAAACGCAACAUUUUCAAAGAUUUUAGUUCAUAUAAGGAAAUCAGUCAAUUGAAAUACAUUCAUUAGGCCCUAAUCUAUGGAUUUUACAUGACUGGGAAUACAGAUGUGUGUCUGUUGGUCACAGAUACCUUAAAAGGUAGGGGUGUGGAUCAGAAAACCAGUCAGUAUCUGGUGUGACCACCAUUUUCCUCAGGCAGUGUGACACAUCUCCUUCACAUAGAGUUGAUCAGGCUGUUGAUUGUGGCAUGUUGUCCCACUCCUCUGGAUAUUGGUGGGAACUGGAACAUGCUGUCAUACACAUCGAUCCAUAGCAUCCCAAAAAUGCUCAAUGGGUGACCUGUCUGAGUAUGCAGGUCAUGGAGAAAUUGGGACAUUUCCAGUUUCCAGAAAUUCUAUACAGAUCUUUCUGACAGGGGCUGUGUAUUUUCAUGCUGAAACAUGAGGUGAUGAUAGCGGAUGAAUGGCACGACAAUGAGCCGCGGGAUCUCUGUGCAUUCAAAUUGCAAUCAAUAAAAUGCAAUUGUGUUUGUUGUCCAUAGCUUAUGCCUGCCCAUACCAUAACCCCACCGCCACCAUGGGGCACUCUGUUCACAACGUUGACAUCAGAAAACCUCUCACCCACACAUCGGCCAUCUACCCGGUACAGUUGAAACCGUGAUUCAACCAUGAUUAGCACCAGUGGGAAUCGAGGGUGUGCCUUUGCCCACUGCAGUCUUUUACGACGCCCAAACUGCAGUCAGGUCAAGACUCUGAGGGCCACGAGCACGCUGAUGAGCUUUCCUGAGACCAUUUAUGACCUUUUGUUCAGAAAUUAUUCGGUUGUUCAGACCCGCAAUUUCUUCAGCUGUCCGGUUGGCUGGUCUCAGAUGGUUACGCAGGUGAAGAAGCCGGAUGUGGAGGUCCUGGGCUGGCGUGGUUACACCUGGUCUAACCGGAUGUGGAGGUCCUGGGCUGGCGUGGUUACACCUGGUCUAACCGGAUGUGGAGGUCCUGGGCUUGCGUGGUUACACCUGGUCUAACCGGAUGUGGAGGUCCUGGGCUGGCGUGGUUACACCUGGUCUAACCGGAUGUGGAGGUCCUGGGCUGGCGUGGUUACACCUGGUCUAACCGGAUGUGGAGGUCCUGGGCUGGCGUGGUUACACCUGGUCUAACCGGAUGUGGAGGUCCUGGGCUGGCGUGGUUACACCUGGUCUAACCGGAUGUGGAGGUCCUGGGCUGGCGUGGUUACACCUGGUCUAACCGGAUGUGGAGGUCCUGGGCUGGCGUGGUUACACCUGGUCUGUGCUUGUGAGGCUGGUUGCCAAAUUCUCUAAAACGACGUUUAGGCUGCUUAUGGUAGAGAAAUGAACGUUCCAUUCUCUGACAACCACCCUGGUGGACAUUCCAGCAGUCAGCAUGCCAAUUGCACGCUCCCUUUUAUUGUCCCCAGCACAAGAUGCACCUUAGUAAUGAUCAUGCUGUUUAAUCAGCUUCUUGAUAUGCCACACCUGUCAGGUGGAUGGAUUAUUUUAGCAAAGGAGAAAUGCUCACUAACACAACAUUUGAAAGAGGAAAGCUUUUUGUGGGUAUGGAAUAUUUCUGGGAUAUUUUAUUUCAGCUCAUGAAACAUGGGACCAACAUUUUAUAUGUUGUGUUUUAUAUUUUUGUUCAGUGUACUAAGACCCCCCCACACACACACACACACACACACAGACGCGUGCACUGUCAAGUCUGUCAUCUGUACACCAUACAUACAUUUUGCACAUUGUGUACACACUUGUCAUGCAUAUUUUUAUACAUGUGUAGCACAUCCAUUAUCUAUUUUGUAAAUAAUAUGAAAACAUAUAUGUACUGAAUGCCUUUUGUGUCAAUAAAAUGUGGUGCAUUGUGAAA